AUGCCUGCGGAACCUGAGUUCGAUCGCGAGGACCGCGAGGAUGCCCCGUUCCUUACUGAAUCCGGAACGCCUGGCCGCGCCCACGACCACCACGAUGGCAAGCCCGACCGGUCAGCGGAGACACAUGCCAAUGCCUCCGUGAGCAAGAUCACUUUCCGGCUGAAGAUCAUUCUAUUCGCUAUGAUUCUGGCCGUCGAGGUCGGCUUUGCAUUCCUUGAAGGCCCAAUGGUCCGAAUUAUGGAAUCCAUUGCGUGUGGCCAGUAUUAUUCACAGGCAGAUCCGUCCAAGAUUGGCGCCAAUGGACAGGUACCAGAGGAGCUAUGCAAGCUGGCAGAAAUCCAGUCGGAAUUGGCCGCUGUCAAAGGCUACCAUAUGUUCUUCGAUGGUUUACUAAGCGCGCUGAUGGCCAUUCCAUACGGUCUGUUGGCUGAUCGCCGUGGUCGCAAAUCAACACUUGUGCUUGGUAUCCCCGGAUUCGCACUGAACUCGAUGAUCACCGUCGCCGUCCUGUGGUUCAACAAAAUAUUUCCGCUACGCGCGGUUUGGUUGUCUUCUCUGGCGUGGUUGCUGGGGGGUGGGCCGGUCGUGGCCUUCGCUAUUAUUUGGACGAUGAUGGCUGAUGUGACAACGGAAUCGGAAAGAGCUGGACUGUUCUUCCAAUUUGCCAUUGUAUCUAUGGGCGCCGACUUUGUUUCAACCGCUCUUGCUUCUUGGUUGAUGACCAUGGAUCCCUGGGUCCCACUCAUAAUUGGCUUCACCAUCGUUUUUGGCGGUCUCUUGUUUAUAUUGAUUUUGCCUGAGACCAAGCAUGUGCUGCCCUCUAGAAAGGAGCCCGCACCAUCCCACGUUGAACUUUCCGAUUUAUCAGAAGAAUCUAAGCCGAAAUACCAUAUCGCCACGCCUGAUGAGCCUGGACAGUACCACGACGACGACAUGGACAAUGGUCGUACACAUGAACGUCACCUUUCUUGGAGCUACCCUGGCCAACAGCACCCAUCGUUCUGGGCCAAGUGCCGUGCCAACUAUCGCUUUUACGUGAAGCCCUACCUCUUCAUUUUGAACCGAAAGCCGGUCAUUCUCCUCUUGACCGCUUUCCUGGUCUACCGUCUCAGCCGUGGUUCGUCCUGGUUCUUAACCCAGUAUAUCUCGACUAGGUACCACUGGACAUUAGCGCAAGCCAAUAUGCUGGUGGCCUCCCGGCCUACCGUAUCCAUUCCGGUGUUUCUAUGGGGUCUUCCAUGGCUCAAGAAACGUGCGCUGAAUCCACGACGCACGUCGACUGAGAAGGACCUCUGGCUCGCUCGAGCCAGCAUUCUAUGCCUGACUCUAGGAACUCUUGGAAUCGGCCUCUCUCCCUCGAUCGCGACCCUGAUCCCCAGUAUGAUCUUACAAACCUCUGGUUCAGGCUUUGUAUUUUUGACGCGCUCCAUUAUUACCACGCUUGUUGAGCGCGAUGAAACCGCUCGGUUGUAUACUGUGAUUGAGAUUAUCCAGUCAUUCGGCAACGUUGUGGCCAGUCUAUCGAUCACAGCAGUCUUCCAGCUUGGUCUGCGACUUGGAGGAUUUUGGAUUGGCCUGGCCUGGAUGAUGACCAGCUCUUUAUUUUGCAUGGUGGCUGUCGCGAUCUGGUGGUUCCGACUGCCAACCGCUCCUCGCACUGCGGACUUUGUGGAGGAAUUUGAAGAGGAAUGA